UUGCCGCUCACAAGAAGGCUCUGGAGGUGAAGAGGAUGGAGAAACCAAAGACAAUGGCGGAGGAAUGCCGGAGACGCUGGUCUGAAAUUGCAGCUGGAACCUACUACUUCAACAGAGAUGAGGAGGAGGUAGCUGUGCUGAAGACCGUCACCAGAGAAGAUGUACUUGCCUUCUUCAAAGACAAUUUCUCACUGGGUGGUCACUACCGGAAGAAGCUGGUGGUCCACGCAAUACCCACCAAUAGAACUGAGUCUUCUAGUGAGGAUAAUGGGGGAGGAGGAGGAGGAGGAGAAGGAACUCGAGGAAGUGGAGGAGGAGGAGAAGGAGCUCGACGAGGUGGGGAAGGAGGUGAAGGAGCUCGAGGAGGUGGGGAAGGAGGAGAAGGAGCUCGAGGAGGUGGGGAAGGAGGAAGUGGAGAGGUGGAAGAGACAGACAUAGGAGAGCCACUCCUCCCACAGGUCAGAGUCCAAUUCCCUCUCGGGUGUGAGAGUGGACUCUAAUGGUGUCCCUCUCUCUCAUCCACAGCCGACAGUAAUAUCAGACAUUGCUGGCUUCAAAGGCUCUCUCCCUCUCUUCCCUCCCACGACUCCUCACAUCUCUACUUCUCUUUAGAACUACUCUCAAUACUACAAAUUGUGCUAUAAUAAAAAAUAUU